AUGCUUGGGGGGAAGGUGGAUAACAUAAUUCGUGCCAUUGACUUCAUGUAUCUAUUCCAAUUCUUACUAUUUAGCUCAUUGAUAAUUGAAAUCGUGUUCGAACAUAGUGUUGGAUCAUCUUCACACCCUGCAUCCCCUUCUUGCACUUCCAUUGCAAAUUCCAGUUGUGAUGUGAGACCUGGAGUCAGUGUGGUGGAACAGCGUUCCGAAAUCAUGGCACCUUUGCAGCAUCCCAAUGCUGGUCCUCCAAGAUCUAAAGCCCGUGCCACAGAACCUCUAAUUGAUAAUCUCUCCCCACACUUCGCAUCAGUCCUCCUGGCAAACACUGCCAUGCCCACUGCUCCUAAGAGAGGUGUGAAGCCUAGAGUCAAUGCGGAAAAACAGCAUGUCAGUAUCAUGGCACCAUCACAAAGUCCCAAUGCCAGCCUUCCAGCAUCUUGUCAGGGACAGCUCUGA